CCGUGUAGGGGAGGAAGGAACGCUGCUCCCUGGCUGCCAUCCACCCCAGGGGUAUUUAUAGUCCCCAUCGGCGGGAGUCAUCACUCAAGGAAUCUACGUGAAAGCAUCAUCCUCAUCAUCAGCAUCCUCCUCAUCCUUUCUCUCAACUUGUGUGGAGCGGGCAGGGAGGGUCUGCGCGGGGGAUGCGACCUCAGCAGGACUCUGUGAAGGAAUAGGAGCGUAUUGUGGAGGGGUGGCCAAUUACCAGUGUGGAUAUGUUUACGAGUUCCAAUCAGUCCCUGUCCCUCUCCCUCACGCCCACCACGUGUGUUCCAGGCACUCAGAAACGGGUCCAUUCUUCACUGUCACUCCCCGAACCAGAGCCCUGGAGGAAACCACUCCCGGCCGCCCGGCCCGGUCUGGCUCAGGGUGUCCGUUCAUGCUCCCUGCAGGUGCCCCACGCAGAAUUCCUGGAUCUACCUGCUCGGGCGGCUAGCUUUGACCUGCCCUGUGGCGCAGAGGACGAUUCUGACCGGGGUUCGGGGUCCCCCAGCCCGAACGCUGUUCUACGUCGACGCGGUGGCCUGGUGGAGCAGAGGGAUAUCAUCAUGGCUCACCAGGCUCACAAGAUGCAGAGCACGCCACAAGCUCGCAGGAAGGAGUGGGAAAUGGCUCGUUUCGGAGACGAGUCCGCCCCGAGCACCGUGGACUCCGGGGACGGAGACGCGGAGCGCGGCGGGAACGCGCAGGAGCCCGGGUCUGCUGCAACGGCGGUCGAGGGAGGAGGUGCCGACGGAUCGGGCGCGAUGACGGCGUCCAUGAAGCAAGCCAAGGCGCAGCGGGCCCGGACCAUGGCUCUGUACAACCCGGUACCGCAUCAGCAGAACUGCCUGACGGUCAACAGGUCACUGUUCAUCUUCGCGGAGGACAACAUCAUCCGGAAGUACGCACGCCGAAUCAUCGAGUGGCCGCCAUUCGAGUAUAUGAUCCUGGCGACCAUUACAGCAAACUGUGUGGUGUUGGCUCUGGAGCAGCACCUCCCAGGAGAAGACAAGACCCCCAUGGCAAAGAGGCUGGAGAAGACAGAGCCAUACUUCAUUGGGAUCUUCUGCUUUGAGGCGGGCAUAAAGCUAGUGGCAUUGGGCUUUGUUUUCCACAAAGGUUCUUACCUAAGGAAUGGCUGGAACGUCAUGGACUUCAUUGUGGUGCUUAGCGGGAUCCUGGCAACGGCAGGAGCGCACAUGAACAUCCCCGUGGACCUUCGCACUCUAAGGGCCGUGCGAGUAUUGAGACCCCUCAAGCUCGUCUCCGGCAUCCCCAGCCUGCAGAUUGUGCUGAAGUCCAUCAUGAAGGCCAUGAUCCCCCUGCUGCAGAUUGGCCUGCUGCUUUUCUUCGCCAUCCUCAUGUUCGCCAUCAUCGGCUUAGAGUUCUACAGUGGGAAACUUCACCACACCUGUUUGCCGUCUGUCGACAUCCUUGACAAUGAAACGGUGGACUCUUCUGAGUUGGCGUUUGCGUGUGGCGUCAGGAAGUGUCCGGAGAGCUACGACUGCAAUGACACCUGGAUUGGCCCCAACGAUGGCAUCACGCAGUUCGACAACAUCCUCUUCGCCGUUCUCACCGUUUUCCAAUGCAUCACCAUGGAGGGAUGGACGGCUGUUCUCUACAAUACUAAUGAUGCCUUGGGCCCUACAUGGAACUGGAUGUACUUUAUCCCACUCAUUAUUAUUGGCUCCUUCUUUGUGCUCAACCUGGUGCUGGGAGUCUUGUCGGGAGAGUUUGCCAAGGAGAGAGAACGAGUGGAGAACAGGCGGGCCUUCAUGAAGCUGCGGAGGCAGCAGCAGGUGGAACGCGAACUGAAUGGCUAUCGCGCCUGGAUAGACAGGGCAGAGGAGGUAAUGCUGGCAGAGGAGAACAAGAAUUCGGGGAGAUCAGCAUUAGAUGUGCUGAAGAGAGCCAGUAAGAAAACAGGAGCUCGUCGAGGAGCCCCAGGCGAUGACAAGUUCACAGACAUGUCCACUGCCAGCAUGUCCCGGUCCAGAAUGAACUUCCGCAGCGGUCGGCGCGGUCCAGCUGCAUACUUGCGGCGCAAAGAACGCAUGUUGCGCAUUUCCAUUCGCCGCAUGGUGAAGACGGACACAUUCUACCUGAUGGUGCUUAGCCUGGUGGCUCUCAACACCAUCUGUGUGGCCAUUGUGCACCACAACCAACCUGACUGGCUCACCAUCUUUCUCUACUAUGCAGAGUUUGUAUUUCUGGGGCUGUUCCUGGCUGAGAUGUUUCUGAAGAUGUAUGGUUUGGGUUUCCGUCUCUACUUCCAUUCAUCUUUCAACUGCUUCGACUGUGGCGUUAUUGUGGGCAGCAUUUUCGAGGUAGUGUAUGGCUUCUUCCGGCCCGGUAUGUCUUUUGGCAUCAGCGUGCUGAGGGCGCUGAGGCUUCUGAGGAUUUUCAAGAUCACCAAAUACUGGGCCUCUCUAAGGAACCUUGUUGUAUCACUUAUGAGCUCUAUGAAGUCCAUCAUCAGUCUGCUUUUCCUGCUCUUCCUUUUCAUCGUGGUGUUUGCACUGCUGGGGAUGCAGCUUUUUGGGGGACGGUUCAUAUUUGAAGAUUACACUCCCACCAACUUUGACACGUUUCCAGCUGCCAUCAUGACAGUAUUUCAGAUAUUGACCGGCGAAGACUGGAAUGAGGUAAUGUACAACGGGAUUCGCUCGCAAGGAGGCGUGCAGUACGGCAUGUGGUCGUCCAUCUACUUCAUUGUACUUACCCUGUUUGGAAACUACACACUCCUCAAUGUCUUUCUGGCCAUUGCUGUGGAUAACCUGGCCAAUGCACAAGAAUUGACAAAGGAUGAAGAGGAAGAAGAGGAAUUCUUCAACCAACGGUAUGCCAGAGGCAGAGAUGGCUUAAUAUCUGACGGCAGAAGAAGACCCUACCUUUACAGGAAACGUGCCAUCCAUCGUGGUCGUCCUACCUUUCCCGACGAUGCGGAUGGAGCGAUGGCAGCUGCCGAUGAGCAACCCCUCAACAGCUCCAAUGCCUUUGCCAACCGCCGCGAGAGGCGGAGAAAAGUCAAUAUGUCGGUGUGGGAACAGAGGGCCAAUCAGCUACGCAAACGCCGCCAGAUGGCAAGCAGAGAGGAGCUCUUCAGCAGCCCAGCUGAGGACAAUGUGGAAACCCCUAGUACUCACCACGUACCCGCAUUGUCUGCAGAAGCCAGCCCCGCCCACCUGCCUGAGUCCCCCAUGUCGGUAGGGAUGCCCAUCCCUGAACCGCCGAUGUCUAUAACCGUCCCCAUACCUGAACCCCCGGCGGCUGAGCCUUUGAUCAACCUCUCUGAGGAGAGAACGGGUGGCACUAACCACCGGUCUACAGGUGGAGGAAGACACAGGAUGGCCCGCAAGUUCAGACCAGGUCAGGGGGCAGAGGACGGUGCCAGACACCGACGCCACCGUCACCGCGAGGCCCGUGCUGAAGCCAAGAGUCUGGACAGCACGCAGACACCACAUAAUGUGCUGCUGGUCAAGCGCUCGCUCAGUCAGGAGAGGAGGAUUCUGGACGAGAGGGAAGAGAAUGAGGAGAAAGCUGAGGCAGAAGACCGGGUCCAGGAAGAUUCUGGAAUGUGUAUCGUCAACCCAUAUGCCGACAUCGGAGAGGAUGGAAGGAUACCUGACAUUCCUGAACCUCCUUUAUGUGAAAGGCUCCUAGAUUGUCAUACCAUCCCAGUGGAGACCGCUCUGGAUGUCACGGAGUAUACCGUGUGCACCCUUGAAGCAGAGAAACGCACGGGUUCCCUCCACCGAAAGUCCAAUCCGGAAGGGUGUGUGUCCAUAGAGAUAUCUGCACAACCGCUGCUAGAGUUGACCCCAAUGACAGUGAACAGUAAAGAGCUGGAGGCCUACAAUUCUGAACAAAGAGACAGAGAGGAUGACACAGAGGAGGAGGAACCUCCAAUUCCCUCCAAACCUGUAGCACCAGACAGCAUGUUCCUUUUCAAGGCCUCUAACCCGAUCAGAAGGAUCUGCCACUACAUUGUCACUAUACGCUACUUCGAGAUGAGCAUCCUUCUUGUGAUUGUGGCAAGCAGCAUCGCGCUGGCAGCUGAGGACCCUGUGUGCACUAGUUCAGAAAGAAACAAGGUGCUCCGUUAUUUUGAUUAUGUCUUCACUGGGGUUUUCACCUUUGAAAUGAUCAUCAAGAUGAUCGACCAAGGCCUCAUCCUCCACGAUGGCUCCUACUUCCGAGAUAUGUGGAACAUCCUGGACUUCAUUGUGGUGGUUGGGGCACUCAUUGCCUUUGCUUUGACAAACAACAAAGGUCGUGACAUCAAGACAAUCAAGUCCCUCCGAGUUCUGAGAGUCCUGAGGCCUCUAAAGACCAUAAAGAGACUUCCUAAACUCAAGGCUGUGUUUGACUGUGUUGUGACAUCACUGAAGAACGUCUUCAACAUCCUCAUCGUGUACCAGCUCUUCAUGUUUAUAUUUGCUGUCAUUGCUGUACAGCUCUUCAAGGGCAAAUUCUUUUACUGCAAUGACAGCUCCAUGAACACAGAGAAGGAGUGCCAAGGUUACUACAUCGACUACACCAGGGACAAGAAGGAGGUAAAGAGGAGGGAGUGGAAGAGACAUGAGUUUCACUAUGACAACGUCUGCUGGGCCCUCCUCACUCUCUUCACUGUCUCCACUGGCGAGGGAUGGCCUCAGGUGCUGCAGCACUCUACCGACGUGACGGAGGAAAGCAUGGGGCCGAGUCGAGGCAACCGCAUGGAGAUGUCUGUUUUCUACGUGGUGUACUUUGUGGUUUUUCCCUUCUUCUUUGUCAACAUUUUCGUGGCUCUGAUCAUCAUCACCUUCCAGGAACAGGGUGACAAGAUGAUUCAGGAAUGCAGUCUGGAGAAGAAUGAGCGGGCCUGCAUUGACUUUACCAUCAGUGCCAAGCCCAUGACACGUUACAUGCCCCAGAACAGGCAAACCUUCCAGUACAAGCUUUGGCAUUUUGUAGCGUCACCCUCUUUUGAGUACACUGUGUUGGUGAUGAUCGCCCUCAACACAGUGGUCCUCAUGAUGAAGUAUCACUCGGCGCCGACAGCCUACGACACAGUCCUGAAGCACCUCAACACUGCGUUUACCGUCCUCUUCUCCAUGGAGUGCAUACUCAAGAUCAUGGCGUUUGGUUUUGUGAAUUAUUUUCGAGACACCUGGAAUAUUUUUGACUUCAUUACAGUGCUGGGCAGCAUAACUGAGAUUGUUGUGGAUUUGCAGUCUAUGAACACCAUCAACAUGAGUUUCCUAAAGCUCUUCCGAACAGCCCGCUUAAUCAAACUGCUGAGGCAGGGUUACACCAUUCGCAUCCUCCUGUGGACCUUCGUACAGUCCUUCAAGGCGCUUCCCUACGUAUGCCUGCUCAUUGCAAUGCUUUUCUUUAUAUACGCCAUCAUUGGAAUGCAGGUGUUUGGAAACAUCAAGCUGAAUGACGAGAGCCACAUAAAUCAGCACAACAACUUUAAGACCUUUUUCGGCGCUCUCAUGCUGCUUUUCAGGAGUGCAACAGGGGAGUCGUGGCAGGAAAUCAUGCUUUCCUGUCUUUCGGGUCAGGAGUGCGAGCCCGACACCUCCCUUGCUCCCUUCACCUUGUCUCCUGACCACGAAGGGGGCUGCGGCACAGACUUCGCCUACUGUUACUUUGUUUCCUUCAUCUUCUUCAGCUCCUUUCUGAUGUUAAAUCUGUUCGUGGCUGUCAUAAUGGAUAACUUUGAGUACCUGACGCGAGACUCUUCUAUCCUCGGGCCACAUCACCUGGACGAGUUCGUCAGGAUAUGGGGAGAAUAUGAUCGACUGGCAUGUGGACGCAUCCACUACACCGCCAUGUAUGAGAUGUUAACCCACAUGUCUCCUCCACUGGGUUUGGGUAAAAAAUGUCCUGCCAAGAUUGCCUAUAAGAGACUGGUGCUGAUGAAUAUGCCGGUGGACGAGGACAUGACAGUGCACUUCACCUCCACACUAAUGUCACUCAUACGCACGGCACUGGACAUCAAAAUAGCCCGAGGUGGUGAGGACCGUAUCGCCUUGGAUGCUGAACUGCAAAAGGAGAUCAGCAUCAUCUGGCCUUACUUGCCUCAGAAGAACUUGGACCUCCUGGUACCCAUUAACAAAGACACGGACAUGACGGUUGGGAAGAUCUACGCCUCCAUGAUGAUCAUGGACUACUUUAAGCAGAACAAGGCCAAGAAGCUUCGGCAGCAGUUGGAAGCUCAGAAGAGUAACUUGAUCUUCAAGCGUCUGGAUGCAUCCACCCUCCCUGAAGACAUUCUCUCCAACACGCAGCCUCUGCCCAUGAUGGCCCACAGCGCUGGAUCGGCCUUGACACGAGGGGGUUUUGUGGCCCUGAGUCCCAUUUCUCCACAGGAGCUAUUUUUGCAGUCAAUGAGCUCUGACACAGAUGCCGUUGAGCAACAGAACCUGACGGAGGGUGCCAGCGGAUCAAUCAAGCGUUCCGCUUCUACUGCAUCGGACCAACAAGUCAACAGUCAUUGGCAGGAGGAGAAAAGUCCCGAGCGCUUUUACCGACCUCGUCACAAGAGUUACAAGGCAGCAGUGUCUCGGUCCGAGCACUGGCAGCAGGGUGAUCGAGAUCGAGGCCGAUCCAAAGAGCGGUGCCACCUUCUUUCGCCGGACACGUCCCGCUGCAACUCAGAGGAGCGCAGCAUACAGCCAUCGCGUUCCCCAAGCGUGGGUAGGACACGCCCUGAAGACAAACAGGGUAACAGCUCAGACAGUCCUGUGCCCUCCACAUCUGAGUCCAGCACCCCGAGUGUCCGACGGCCUUCAUCGCAGACCCCUACGCACUCCCGUCCUCACAUCUCAUACUCACCGCUCGUGUGUCGCGCCGACCCCUCCAUUUGCGAGGACGACGAGACGGAGACGGCCAGGCAGGACCAGGAGGCCGUCGGCGGUGAGCGAGGGAACGAAGCAGGCCGACACCAAUCGCCAUUGCGUCGCUACCCUUCCGAGCCCUUCCUGGCCUCGCAGGAGGAGGACCACAGCCCCGAUCCCACCGGACCCAUGGAGACGUUAACCUUUGAGGCGGCUGUGGCCUGCAGCCUGGGACGCUCGAAUACCGUCAGCUCCUCGCGUCCGCGCUUGCGGACUGGCUGGCAGAUUCCCAACGGACACUUUCGCAAGCGUCUGGCGCAAACUGCCUCGGUGGCGGCCAGCGACCCGCUCAGCGAUACGGAGGAGGAUGACCGGUGCUAGGGACAAAGUCAUGUUGACUCUUUGCUGCAUUCUACAUAUCUUAGUUUUAAACAUGAAUUGAUGGCAACAAAGACCACUUCUUCCUGAAACUGUACUUGCCAGUUCACACCAAACACAAACCGUUUAAAAAGAAAACAAAGAUCUAUUUCCUGCCUUGUACUUGAUGAUGGAGGAACAGUACUUAAUGCAACAGUAAACCAUUAUUCUGUACACACGUACGUUUUUUCAACAUCUUAAAGCAAUUUUAAAAAUGUGACAGACCCUUCACUAAAUGUGUGGGUUACCCUGGGUACUGAAAUUUGCAUGUUAGGUUAAUUGACGCUUGUCCAAAGGUUAAAUGUGAAUGGUAAUUUGUCUUGACUAUACUGUAUAUACCAAACUCAGCAGAGAUAGGCUCCAGCUCACCAAUAUUCCAAAUGAGGACAAAUGCUAUAGAAAAUGGAUGAACUGAUGUGUGAAACAGAUUUAUACACAACAGUCAACACAACCACUUGCGAGGCUACUGUUACUGUGUGUAUGUGUCUAUGUUGCCACGCCACUGGCCUUUUUUCCUUUUUUUUUUUUUUAUUUACAGAUAUCAGAUAAUCAGGCCUUAACUGAUUUUAAACAAAAAUAUGGUUAGUGUGGGCACAAAUUCGACCCUAUCGUGGAAUGUGUGUACCCUACUUAAAAUAUUGUACAAGGCAAAAGUCUGAAUAGCACGUCACACACGAGCCUAAUUAAACACAGCGACAGACUUUUGCACAGGUCAACACAAUGAAUCAAAUGGGACUGCUAAAUUAAAUAAUUGUGUGUCUCUCUUUGCAGGUUUUAGGUUUAGUGUGAAUAUGUAACUACAUUUUCCUAAUCAUGACUUUUCUUUGUAAAUACAUUGUGACCAUUAUAUUAGUGUGAAUAUGUAACUACAUUUUCCUAAUCAUGACUUUUCUUUGUAAAUACAUUGUGACCAUUAUACCAUCCAUGCAGGAGACGACUUUUCCACAGUGAUCAACAAACAAUAAUAGUGAUUUUUUUUUUUUUUUUUUUUUUUAAACAAAAUGAAUGGAUCUGCAUGAUGAGUGGGCUUUUUUCUCUUUUUGUACAAUUUAUAACUUGUGAGACAAAAAUGCACCUGUAAAAUGAAAGAAAAUAUGCCUAUUUGUUAAUUCAUCCAGUUUAACGAACCUCUAAAAUCUUCUAUGUCAUUCCCGGUUUAUUAUUUUCCCCAGUCAACACCCUUUACUGAUGCAAGUAUUAUUACCUAUCAGGAAUACUAUCGACAAGUUUGUUUUUUUUUGGUGCAUUUUCUUUCUUUUUUAAUAAACUAGAAACCACUGCAGACAAUGACUGUGAAAAACACUGUAGUGUAGAGACACUCUUACUUAAAUGUUACUCUUCUCCUCAUUAAUAAUGUACAAAGGCUCUUGGUUCAUUUUAGAUAAAAUGAAUAAACCGUAAAAAGGCUGUUGAGCAUUAAAUGUAUGUGUUAUUUUGAACAUGUUCUAAAGGUUCGUGUUUUAAUUGCCUGAACAAAGCCAACUCUGACAAUCAUGACCCAAAAAAUGUAUUUUUAUUCUCAGCAUCUGCAAAGAAAAUAGAAAUGAUUGAUUUUAUGUGUAAAAUAGCUGUAUAUACAAAUAAAUAUGUCCUCAAGUCCA